AUACGAGUAACAUACAUGUAUAGAUAUAUAAAGCAUUUUUUUUCUAUCAUCGUAGAACAAGUUCGUGGUAGUACAAGACCUAGCGCUGUCGUACACAAGGAUCCAUUGUACGUCAUCAAAGAGAACGUUGGGCUGGCUUGGAAGGAUCUCGCCCGUAAGCUGGGGUUCAAAGAGGUGGACAUCGAAGUCAUCGAAGACAAGCAUCGUGACAAGCGGGAGUGCUGCAUGGAAGUCCUGACGACAUGGCGGCAGAAGCACGGGUACGACGCGACGGUCGGCCGGCUGUGGACUGCGCUGCAAGCCGCGGAGCUGACCGGAGUGGACGGAGAGGAUGGAUCCGGGCAGUUCGAAGAUAUGGCGGAAUUCUUCCUUAUCAUUACACAGAGAGCAGGACCGAAGUGGAAGCUCUUGGCCGAACUACUCGGCGUUCCGCCACAGAAGAUCGCCUGGGUGCAGAGAAAACAUGCAGACGACAGGGGGCGCUGUGAGCUGGCGCUGAACAUGUGGUACUGGGACAGGAAAAGCGACUCUUCGAUAGAAACACUGAAGGUGGCCGUUUUCAACGCUGGUUUGAAGAACGCUGUAGAUGCUUUCUAUGGAGGAGGCGCCGAUACUGAAGAACCAAACCAAAAUGAUGACCACGUAGACCUGAGCUCCUCGGCCCGGUUUCCAAUACAAGAGGCACCCAAAGACCAUACAGGAACAGAACCCAUGGAUUCCAGUACGUCUCGUUCGCCCCAAGAAGAGGUUGGAACAGAGCGUGACCACACAAAUUCCAAGACUUCCCGAAAUCCUGAACAAGAAGAAGCUAUGGACUGUUCCACAAACCGGGUAUAUUCACAGAUAGACAGUUAUUUUGGUGAUGGGCAAAAUCAGCCAGCCAUCGGCGGGAAUGGGUCGGAGUCACGGGAAUCCGACGUACCCGAUGCCAUGUCCGUUGAUCAGUCGCAGAGAGAAUGUCUCCAUGGAUCUCAAAUCAACCCCGCUGCAGAGGCACUCAGUAACUGUCUGUACGAAAGUGGAGCGGAACCAGGUGCAUCUGCAGAUAGAAGACAGCUUCUCUCCGGGACUGGCAGAUCAAAUAGAGGCAUCGAAAUCAGUAGGAAAGAAUUCACAAUUGAGAGAGAUGAGAAUGGAGAUAACAAAAGGCUCGGAAAGGGGUCUUUCGGUACCGUUUACCUGGCGAAGUGGCAGGGAGCACUCGUGGCAGUCAAGGAGUUCGACGACGAAGACCAGACCUACGAGAGCUUCUUCAGAGAGAUGGAACACUUAAGGGAGUUGCGACACCCCCACAUUGUCCAGCUACUUGGUAUCUGCUGGCAGCCCAACUCCAUGAGCUACCUGCUGAUGACGUAUGUGGAUGGGGUUGACCUGGGUACCAUCCUCUUCAAACCAUCACGAUCACCAGUUAAGGUACCGAACACGAUGUCUGUAAAGGGGAAGAUUGCACGAGACCUGUGCAGUGCCGUGUCCUACCUGCACGACAAACACGAUCUGGUGCAUCAGGACAUCAAACCCGGAAAUGUCCUGGUGAGUACUAGUCAAGACGUGUAG